AUGAGACAGGAACGACAACGACAACAUCAUCAACAUCUACACCUUCUCAGCUUCUCAGCUUCUCCACCACUCCCUGUGCUCUCUGUCUCUCAUGACAUGAUCACCACUUGCACAACUUCUUCAACCACCAACCUUGGAGGAGCUCAACCUCUUUCUCUGCGCUUCCUAUCCAAACCACCGCUUCUAUCUCUCACCCUCUUCUUCCCCUCCCACUCUGCUCACAAGGGCAUUGCGAUUUCCUCAUCUCAGUGCAGACCCAGAGUCCGGUGUGAGAAAGAAGUAGGGAAUGGCAAUCAUAAUGGGGUAGAGGAAGAAAAUGAAGAGGGUGAACGUGAGGUGCAGUGUGAGGUUCAAGUGGUUUCUUGGAGGGAAAGGAGAGUUAAGGCUGAAAUUUCUGUCAAUGCUGACAUUGAAUCCAUUUGGAACGCUCUCACUGAUUAUGAACAUCUUGCUGAUUUCAUUCCAAACCUUGUGUGGAGCGGAAAAAUACCUUGCCCAUAUCCUGGACGGAUAUGGUUGGAGCAAAGAGGGUUUCAAAGGUCAAUUUAUUGGCACAUAGAAGCUCGAGUUGUGUUGGAUCUUCAAGAAUUCAUCCAUUCUGCAUGGGACCGAGAACUUCACUUUUCCAUGGUUGAUGGAGACUUUAAGAAGUUUGAGGGCAAAUGGUCUGUAAAAUCUGGAACAAGAUCUUCAUCAACUAAUGUAUCUUAUGAAGUUAAUGUUAUACCAAGACUCAAUUUCCCAGCUAUUUUCUUGGAAAGGAUUAUCAGAUCUGAUCUUCCUGUUAACCUCCGAGCCUUGGCAUAUAGAGUUGAAAGGAAUAUUUCUGGGAAUCUUUCCCUUUCAUUGUGUGAAAAUAAUAAGUUGUCACCUGGAGAAAAAGAAGAUUUAGUCCGCUCAAUUUCUGGUUCCUUGCCCUUGUCUUCCAGUGAGGUGAAUAUUAAUCACUGGGGUGCAUUUGGAAAAACUUGCAGACUUGACAGGCCUUGUGUGGUGGAUGAAAUUCAUCUACGUAGACUUGAUGGACUUCUGGAAAAUGGGGGUGUUCAUCGCUGUGUUUUUGCAAGCAUAACGGUUAAAGCUCCUGUUUGUGAUGUAUGGAAUGCCAUGUCUUCCUACGAGACUCUUCCUGAAAUAGUUCCAAAUUUAGCAAUCAGUAAGAUUUUAUCACGAGAUAACAAUAAAGUCCGCAUUCUCCAGGAAGGGUGUAAGGGCCUGCUAUAUAUGGUGCUUCAUGCUCGUGUUGUGCUAGACUUGUGUGAAUAUUUCGAACAAGAGAUCAGUUUUGAGCAGGCUGAAGGGGAUUUUGACUCGUUCCAGGGAAAGUGGACUUUUGAGCAACUAGGAAAUCAUCAUACACUGCUAAAGUACUCUGUUGAGUCAAAAAUGCGCAAAGACACUUUCCUCUCUGAAGCAAUCAUGGAAGAGGUGAUUUAUGAAGAUCUCCCAUCAAACUUGUGUGCAAUAAGAGACUAUAUUGAGAACAAGACAGCAUCAAAUAUAUUGGAAGCAAGUAAGCAAAAUACAAAUUCAAGGCAGCAAACGGCUCCAUCUGGCUUUGCAGAUGAUGACAGCUAUUGUUCAGCUGAAGAGUUGUCUGAUUGCAAUGCUCAAAGUUUAUCUCAACAAAGACCAAGAGUUCCAGGAUUACAAAGGGACAUCGAAGUCCUAAAAUCUGAAAUCCUGAAAUUCAUUGCAGAACAUGGACAAGAAGGAUUUAUGCCAAUGAGGAAACAACUUCGUUUGCAUGGAAGAAUUGAUAUUGAGAAGGCUAUAAAUCGCAUGGGCGGGUUCAGAAAGAUUGCAAUUAUAAUGAACCUCUCUCUGGCUUACAAACACCGCAAACCAAAGGGUUACUGGGACAAUCUUGAAAAUUUGCAUGAUGAGAUAAGUAGAUUUCAGAGAAGCUGGGGAAUGGACCCCUCAUUUAUGCCCAGCAGAAAAUCAUUUGAACGUGCAGGGCGCUUUGAUAUAGCACGUGCACUGGAAAAGUGGGGUGGACUAAAUCAGGUUUCUCGCCUUCUGUCCCUAAAGGUAAGGAGACAAAGAAGCAAACAGGGCAGCCUUGACAAGGAUAAGAAAGUUGAGGAUGAUGUAGCAUCACCUGAUGUAGAUUUUGAGAUCAAGACACCAUCUAGAGCCACUGUUUCUCAAGAUCCACAAAAAUGGCUUACAGAACUAAAACAGUUGGACAUAAAUUGGGUUGAGUAA